AUUAAGUGAAAAGUGCAAGAAGGUGGAAUGCCCCCCUUGCCGGAAAUAAUUGUCGCACUCGGAAGUGACUCUAGGUCCGUCGGAAAAAAUCCCUGCAUUGGCCAGAAAAAAACAAAACAAAACAUAACAUAACACCUUGAGCCAGCGUGACGCGCAGUUCACCGCGAUGGUCCGCGGGUGUCUUGUGGACGUUGUGGACAUCGUGUGAGAUGUGAUGCUGGUGGUGCUGGUAGAACAACACUAGUGGGUGAGUUGGAAAACACCAAGGAAUGGAUGCAUGUGUGGCUGUUGACAAAGAGCUCGACAAAGUCUUUGAGAAGUUCAAGGAUUUAGACAGGGAAAAUCAACGAAAGGUGGAAGAAAUAAUACAGAAAAUAGAUGUUUAUGUAUCAAGUCUUAAUCAGCGGGAGGGAGAUGGCCAGAUCAGUGCAGCCAAAGCUGUCAAAAUCAUGGAGCUGCUGGCGGAGGCUCGGGCCAUUGCUACCAAGGCAUCAACAGGCCACCGGGAGCUGCACAGCACUGUCUCCAAGGUUGGCAAGGCUAUAGACAAGAACUUCGCGGCCGAUUACUCGGUGGCGGCGCUGGACCGGCAGUUCGCGGCGUCCGAACACGGCGCCAAGCUGGUGAACGAGGUCAUCUGCCGACACUUCUACCGGACCGGCCUGCCCGAGCUGGGCGCCCUGCUCGUCCAGUCAGCUCAGCUGGAGAACUCAGAGUCGGUGGUGGAGCCCUACAUGGUUAUCAACAGCAUCGUGGAUGCGCUGAAACGGAAGGAGCUGGAGCCGGCACUCUCCUGGGUGGAACAGUGGACCGGGCAGCUGCACCACAUCGGCAGCUUCCUGGAGUUCCGGCUGAAGAAGCUCAAGUACGUCACACUGCUGCAGCAGGGCAGGAUUAAGGAGGCCAUCAUGUACGCUCGGGUGCACUUCGGACGCUUCUGCCAGGCCUACGUCAACCGGGACGACGUGUACGCCCAGCUGAUCGGCGAGGUCCGUUCACUGAUGGGCGCACUGGCGUACGUGCACGUUGGCCUGCAGAAGUCGCCGUACGCCUUGCUGACCAGCGAGAGUCUUUGGGUGGAGAUCUGCGACCUGUUCACGCGUGAGGCGUGCUCGCUGCUGGGCGUGAGCGUCGACAGCCCCCUGCUGGUCGUCGUGAACGCGGGCAGCAAGGCGGUGCCGCUGCUGAUGAACAUGAAGCAGGUGAUGCAGCAGCGCCAGGUGGGCGGCAUGUGGAGUUCCAACGACGACCUGCCGAUCGAGGUGGACGUCGACCGCGAGCUGCGCUUCCACAGUGUGUUUGCCUGCCCGAUUCUCAAGCAGCAGGCCACCGAGCAGAACCCGCCAGUGCGGCUCGUCUGCGGACACUGCAUCUCCAAGGACGCCCUGCACAAGCUCAGCCACGGAAACAAACUCAAGUGUCCGUACUGCCCGGUGGAGAUGAACACGGCGGACGUGAAGCAGGUGUUCUUCUGACGCGACGGCCCUCAGCAGCCGCCCGACUCACAGCGUGUCCGGUGGCAGCUGGCGCCGGCGCCGGCGCGCUGAGCGCCAGGCCGGCAGCGCCGCGUGCGUGGCGCCGCGCAUCGCCUAGUGCCGCUCAGCCGUCCCAUCGCUAGCCGGACGCUAUCAGUGGGCCGAUGGUGAGGGGCCUCUCACAACCGGGUCCGCCUCGCGCGCGGUGCCGGGCGCGGCGGGCUUGACUGCUUUUGGGAGGACAGCGUCCUCAGAGAUAGCGUAGCGACUCCGGUGUGUGACGCGCCGCCGGCCGUGAGGUGUGCUCUGAGUAGUUGAGGCACGAGCGUCGAGCGCGCUGUGUCAUGUCACCCGACGAUGACCUGUGCACAAGGUCAGGUGCUGUGUGUCGCCGCGGCGGUGGCAAGGAAAGGCGAGCCGGCAGCCGUCUCCGGACCGCCGGUGGCAGACUGAGGGACGGGCGGGGCGCUCUGGCCAGUUCGGAGCGGCUCCUGCGGGGCCGAGUACAGUCCCGCCCGUGACGCCGCCCGGCUGACGACCGGUGGCUGCUCUGUCGACUCACUACCACCGGACCUGGGAUCCGUGGCUGGGACAGCUACGUAGGACGUGAUGGCCAUUAUGACAUGUAUUCAGGAGUCCAGUCUGUAAUAUUGUCAUUGUUGUGCACACUCCGCGUGGAACUGUGCGACCCGUGCUAUCAGUCGGCGAGCCGUCGGCACUGGGAGGGGGCGCACACGGCUUAUGACAUAUGCUUUGUGCACACAAGGCUGUUGUGACAGACGUUGAUGAAAAUGAACGUACGAGGCGGUUUGUUCCGAAUACAGGGAAAGGUAGUGA